CUUUUCUUAGCUUUAUUCCCUCUCUUCUCUUUCUUUUUUCUGUUCAUCUUAUUCACAUUACACUCGUUUGUUCUUUGUCAGUCGUAGUUUAAGUCUUAAUCCAGCCUUUCGUUUAUAUUCAUUUCUAUCUUUCUCACUUUUUGUUCUUUCUUCUCUAUCGUGUCAGCCUAUCUCUUUCUUUCUCGAUCUUUCUUUCCUUCUCACUCUAUUCUCCGAUGCAAAGCAGAAGAAACCCCCGCGGUUGCUCGUUCGUUCUCAAAAGUCUUACUCUCGUUGUCACGCGCUAAAAAUACUCCCGCACAGUCUUCCGAGGGUGUACCAUGCCAAAGGAGUACGGGAAUUAGGACGACAAAAGCAGUCAACGUCGACCUGGAACUGUCAUGGAACGGCUUUCGAGAGUGGCAUGUUAUUUUCGAUGGAUGAGGAACGCGACAUCUCAUGAUGCAAGUGAGGUUGAAGACGAACAGAAAACUAUUAAGGUUGAACGAUAUCGAAAUGUCGGAUGUAAUUUUGAAGCUUCGAGGCGACUUUGUGGUAUUUUGGAAAGUAUCCUUCUUUGGGAGAACUCUGUGAAUAGUAUUUCUGUCGUCAUUGUAUUCAAUAUACUGUUUUGGGGUAUUAUUGUAUUAGAGGUUCGAGGCUUUGCUGCAGCCAGCAGUGCUGCACUGGUCGUUGUUCUCUGUUAUAGUACCUUAGAAACUCAAGUUCAAAAAGAAAAUAAAGCAUUGGAUUUAGCUGCCUCUUAUGCAAAAACAGAACAAAUUGAGAAAAUAGGAAAAAAAAUAAAAACAGCAAUUCAUAAUUUGAAGCAAUUGAGAAAAGAGCAACCAGGAGUGUUUUGUACUGCAGUUUGCUCUCUUUCUUUGGGUCUAUGGAUUAUUGGUCGUACUAUAAAUGGUAUACUUCUUACAUAUACAAUAUGCAUGAGCAUUUUACUUGGACCUGCAUUAUUGUUAAAGCUUCCUAGUAAAAUGAUAUUACACAAAGAAUGGGAUAGUGAAAUUGAAGAAUUUUUACCAGCAGUAACUGAAGAUAAUCUUCAAGUUCUUACUAGAGCAGGAGAAUCAGGAGACCAAUCUCCUACUCCUACAAGUGUAUUAUCUGAUGUUCAAAAUGAAUUUUUUAAUGAUGAAGAACUUUUGGGUCUUAAAAUGCCAUCACAUGAAGAUGGAAGCACUGAUGAUAUAGAAAAUUCUGAAUUAGAGCUUAGUGCUGAAGAAACUGAUAUGGAUGGUAUUAAAUUUCAAAGUGGUCAUUUUGAAAAAGGAUCAUCUUCUGAGGAAGAAGCAGAACUUGAACCUAUAUCAAGCAAAUUAAUUAGUCACAGUGAUGAAAGUGGUAGCGAAUUUGAAAUAAUUGAUGGUCAAGAUGUUGAUAACAUUGCAUGAAAAAUAACUGAUAUAUGAACUGUGAAGUUAUUAUUAUGCAGAAUAGAAUUAAAUGAAGAAAUGAUUUCAAAUACAUUUUAAUUGGAUAACAAUCUAAGUAAAAUAAUUAUUUUGUUUUAAUUUUA